GAUCAGAUCUCUAUUCCUAAUUAAUGAUUCCCAUAAUUCUCCAAAUUCUCAUUCCUAAUCAUUGUAGCAAAUGGGAUAGGCAAAAUCACAAACAAAUCCUGAGACAAACCAUAAACAACUUACUGAAUGAGAAUGCAGGACUAGUAGUUUGUGGUUGUGAAGAUGAUGCAGGUGUUGAUGUCUGCGGUACAGCAAACCCAGUAAAAGAUUUCGUAGAUCCAGUGGCAGGAGUCGAGCUAGCCAAACCAAAUCCUGUAGUACUGAAUGUAGCAGCGGAGCUAGCCGGAGUGGUGUUGGUUGCAGAUGAGCUCACACCAAAAGAAGGGAAAGCCAUUGUAGAAGCUGCAGCUGAAGAAGCUGGUGCACUAGUGGCAGCCGGAGUCGAAGAAGAAGUAGUGGUGGUGGUUGCAAUAGAAAACACUGCUCCGGAUGUGCUGGAGGCAGGUGAUGCGGAGCUUCCGGUUGAAAGGUUAAAACCUGAAUUGGCGGAUGUACCAAAUGAGAAGGAAGAAGAUGACGCCGUUUGUGGAGGAGCAGAAGCAGUGGUGGUGCUGGUGGUCGAACUUGCUGUGCUUUUCAAGAAAGAGAAUCCGGUAGAAGCAGAGAAAGGAGAAGCUGAGGCAUUCGAGGGAUUAGUUGUAGUUGAGGAAUUGAUGGUGGAUACUCCAAACGGGGAUGGUGAAGAAGCUGUUGCGCCUGACGAGGACGAUGCAAAGAGAGACGGAGUUGAACCGGCUGACGAAGACGAACCAAAGAUUGACGGUGACGAACCGCUGGCUCCAAAGAUUGACGGUGAGGAGCCAGAGGUUGAUGAGGCAACACUGAAGGAAGGUGACGAGCUAGUGGCUCCAAAGAAGGAUGAUGAGGAGCCAGGUGCUGAUGAGGCCACGCUAAAGGACGGUGUCGAGCCGGUGGCUGAUGAUGGCGCGCCGAAAAGAGGAGAUGUAGAAGUAGCUGCGGAUGAGGAUGCUCCGAAGAUAGAAGAAUUUGAGGUGGAGGCAGAUGACGGAGCGGAGAAUAAGGAUGAGGAAGAUCCAAAGAGAGAUGAUGAACCACUGGCUGGAGCCGCUCCGAAAAUAGAUGAAGAUGGAGUUGCAGAGGAAGAGGCGGGAGCUCCAAACGGAGAUGAAGCUGAAACAGUCGCCGAAGAGGCCGAAGAAGUUACAAAUCCGAAAGGAGAAGAACCAGGAGCAGCCGAAGAAGCAUUGGUGGUAGAUGAACCAAACAGCGACGGGGCAGAAGCAGAUGAAGAAGCGGCGGUUCCAAAUCCAAACGAUGGAGUUGUGGAAGCAGGAGUCGCGGAGGCAGAGGAUCCGAAUCCGAACGAAGGAGUCGAUGAAGCAGAGGAACCAAAUCCGAACGAAGGAGUUGAGGAAGCAGAGGAACCGAAUCCGAACGAAGGAGUUGAGGAAGCUCCGAAUCCAAAAGAUGGAGUAGUGGAGGAAGCAGGAGUUGAUGAUACGGUGGAUCCGAAACCGAAUCCGGUGGAGCUAGGGUUUGAAGAUUGGUUAAAGGAGAAAGAUAACGGAGAAGUGGUAGAUGAAGCAGAAGAGGAAUUAGUUGCAGAAGAAGAUCCGAAUGAGAAACUUCCAACGGAAUUGGAUUGACCAAAUGGAAACCCCGACAUUGCGGUUAUUGAUUGAUUCUCUCUUCUCUCUUCUCUCUUCUCUCUUCUCUCGCUCACUGGUUCGUUCUUCGUCGCCGGCGUUUGAGAAAUAAGAGGUUUUGCAGAAA